AUGGUGUGGUUCAAGGCCAUGAGGGACCCUUUGGGCGUGUGCCAAUUUAAGUUGAAGCUCUUCUCUCUUGGAUCUCUUCUCCCUCAAACAAUAACGAAUGGAGAACUUCAAUGGAUCAAGUUGAAUACCCAAAUCACACCAGCUCAGCGUAAGACCAACCACGGGAUCUUGAAAGAAGUUAGUUUCGUAAGCAGCCCAGAAGAAAGUGACAGUUAUCAUCAUUAUGAGAUGGUUUCACUCGAUCCUUUGAGAUUACCAUCAUUGAAGAUUGCUAUGAAUGGUGGGAAGUCGAGUUCCCAAAUGAUGCCGAGCAGUGAGAAACGGAGCUGCGUAAUGGGAAUUAAUGGCGAAGAAAGAUUUGUUGAGAGAGAACUAUGUAUGAUACACUUCAUUACAAACGAAAGAUGGACAUGUGAGUACCACUAUGAGAACAGUGAUGGAGACGGCCUAAUGCUUAAUGGCGGUUUCGUUACCUGGUAUGCUACUGCAAGUGACCGUUAUAUAUCGCGAGAUGAACUCUGCCUUGGAUCUCGGAUUUAUUGUGCACAAGGUUCAGAAUCUGAGAAGCAAAAUCACAAGAUUCUUACAAACAUAUAA